AUGCCCGCACGCGCGCCGGCGAGGACGCGCGCGCCGGCGACGAGCGCGGAGACGCGCGCGAAAAGCGCGACGCGCGCGCGCGGAGACGCGCGCGACACGCGCGGCGCGGACGCGCGCGAUGAUGAUUUAAACGAAAAAGAUGACCGUUCGGACGACGACGACGACGACGACGACGACGACGCGUGCGACGACGCGUGGGGCGUCGCGCGCGGCGAGCGAGACGUGCGCGCGGGAAUGAUACGCGUGCGGAGCACGGUGCCGCUGAUCGUGAGCACGCUGUGCGUGGUGGUGACGGCGCUCAUCGCGGUGUGCGCGCAGAGCUGGCACGUGCGCGAGACGGCGAUGCGGUUGGCGAGCGUGCGAUUGAGCGCGACGAGCGUGAAGCUCGGACCGACGACGAGACGGUUGACAGCGCUCGAGGAUGCGGUGAGGAGAUUGGAGAGCGAGAAGGCGAGCGUGCGCGCGGUGGAUGGGGUGAAGGCGACGGUGGAGGCGGAGCGCGCGGCGAACGCGGCGAACGCGGCGACGACGACGACGGACGCGAAGGUCGUCAAGACGGAGAUGAAGGCGGAGUUGAAAUCGGUUUUGGCGCAGAUUGAUGCGUUGAGUAAGCGACAAAAUAGUUUCGUGACGACCGCGGAGCUUAAGAAGAGCAGUGGCGCUCUCAAGGCGGAGCUCGCGGAACUCGAAAAGACGGCCGCGGCGCUCGAAAAGAAGCAAGCGAACUUCGCGGCCAAGACGGAGCUCGCGUCGCUCGAGAAGACCACCGCGGCGCUCGACAAGGGACAAGCCAAUUUCGUCACCAAAGCGCAGCUUCAAAAGGUGAACGUCGCGAACGAUCUCGCACUGUCUGCUGAGCGCUUACGAAUCGACGACGCCAUCAAGGAGGCCAAGUCGCUUCGAGACGCCAUCGACGCCGUAUCCAAGAGCUUGGCGCAGAUUGAUGCGUUGAGUAAGCGACAAAAUAGUUUCGUGACGACCGCGGAGCUUAAGAAGAGCAGUGGCGCUCUCAAGGCGGAGCUCGCGGAACUCGAAAAGACGGCCGCGGCGCUCGAAAAGAAGCAAGCGAACUUCGCGGCCAAGACGGAGCUCGCGUCGCUCGAGAAGACCACCGCGGCGCUCGACAAGGGACAAGCCAAUUUCGUCACCAAAGCGCAGCUUCAAAAGGUGAACGUCGCGAACGAUCUCGCACUGUCUGCUGAGCGCUUACGAAUCGACGACGCCAUCAAGGAGGCCAAGUCGCUUCGAGACGCCAUCGACGCCGUAUCCAAGAGCUUGGCGCAGAUUGAUGCGUUGAGUAAGCGACAAAAUAGUUUCGUGACGACCGCGGAGCUUAAGAAGAGCAGUGGCGCUCUCAAGGCGGAGCUCGCGGAACUCGAAAAGACGGCCGCGGCGCUCGAAAAGAAGCAAGCGAACUUCGCGGCCAAGACGGAGCUCGCGUCGCUCGAGAAGACCACCGCGGCGCUCGACAAGGGACAAGCCAAUUUCGUCACCAAAGCGCAGCUUCAAAAGGUGAACGUCGCGAACGAUCUCGCACUGUCUGCUGAGCGCUUACGAAUCGACGACGCCAUCAAGGAGGCCAAGUCGCUUCGAGACGCCAUCGACGCCGUAUCCAAGAGCUUGGCGCAGAUUGAUGCGUUGAGUAAGCGACAAAAUAGUUUCGUGACGACCGCGGAGCUUAAGAAGAGCAGUGGCGCUCUCAAGGCGGAGCUCGCGGAACUCGAAAAGACGGCCGCGGCGCUCGAAAAGAAGCAAGCGAACUUCGCGGCCAAGACGGAGCUCGCGUCGCUCGAGAAGACCACCGCGGCGCUCGACAAGGGACAAGCCAAUUUCGUCACCAAAGCGCAGCUUCAAAAGGUGAACGUCGCGAACGAUCUCGCACUGUCUGCUGAGCGCUUACGAAUCGACGACGCCAUCAAGGAGGCCAAGUCGCUUCGAGACGCCAUCGACGCCGUAUCCAAGAGCCAGGACGUCUUCAUCACGAAUACUACUCUCCGACGAGUGGAGUCACAAAUCGAAGCGCUGAAGAAGAUGCAAGCAAAGAAGGGAUUCUUCUCAACACGGCCGAAAGGGCCGGUCGUUUCCGACGAGCAGAUUGCGAUGCUCGAGGCCACGGUUGCUACUUUUGCGACACAUUUGGCGGAUUUGGAAAAGAACCAAGCCGACUUCGUGACCACAGCGCAACUGCAAAAGUUCGAGGGCGCUUCGGAGGAAAUCAAGUCGCUCCAGAGGGAAAUUCACGUUGUUUCCAAGAAGCAAGCCAACUACGUCAGCGUGGCGCAAUUACAAAAGCUCGAAGUGGUGACGGAUGAAAUUAAAUCGCUGCAGAGUGAGAUUUCGGCGCUCGCUAAGACGCAAGACGAGUUUGCUAUUCUCAGCGCGAGUCUUAAGGAUGUUGAGAGUAAGAUCGCGGCGUUGGCGGAUGGUAAGAAGAAGACCGGGCUCCUCUCUAAGCUUUCGAAGAAGACAGACACCAAGGUCACCAACAAGCAACUUGUUGAGCUCGAGAACGCUGUCGCGACGUUGGAGAAGACUCAGACGAAAUUCGCUUCGCUUGCGAGUUCACAGAUCAGCACGUUGGAGUCUACUCUUGAUGCGAUUUCGCAGCAGCAAUCCAGUGCGCUCACAGCUGCUGAUUUGAAGAGUAUUCAAAAGGCCAUCACGGCGCUGGAGAAGAGUCAGGAAAGUUUCGCGACGACUGCACAGCUACAGAAAGUGGAUGCAUCUCGAGAGAUCAAGGCUUUGGAAGAAGCUUUAGCGGAGAUUCUACAGAGUCAGCAUUCGUUUGCGAACUCGACUGCCGUCGAAGAGCUUGAGACGAAAGUCAUGGCACUCGAAGCUCGACAAAACGAAAAGCGCGGUGGGAUGUUCAAGCGAAGCGCGAGCACCGACACCUCUGUCACCAAUAAGCAACUCAAGGCUUUAGAAGACACCAUCGCGGCCCUGACGAAGAGUCAAGCGGACUUCGCCACGGUUACCCAGCUGAAAGAAAGUGCGCAGGCGCUUUCGCAACAGCAAGCCGGCGCGCUUACGGCGGCUGACUUGAAGGGCAUUCAAAAAGCAGUCGCGUCGCUAGAAAAGAGUCAGAACGGUUUCGCGACGACGGCGCAAUUACAAAAGCUCGAAGUGGUGACAGAUGAAAUUAAAUCGCUGCAGAGUGAGAUUUCGGCGCUCGCUAAGACGCAAGACGAGUUUGCUAUUCUCAGCGCGAGUCUUAAGGAUGUUGAGAGUAAGAUCGCGGCGUUGGCGGAUGGUAAGAAGAAGACCGGGCUCCUCUCUAAGCUUUCGAAGAAGACAGACACCAAGGUCACCAACAAGCAACUCAAGGCUCUAGAAGACGCCAUCGCGGCUCUGACGAAGAGUCAAGCGGACUUCGCCACGGUUACCCAGCUGAAAGAAAGUGCGCAGGCGCUUUCGCAACAGCAAGCCGGCGCGCUUACGGCGGCUGACUUGAAGGGCAUUCAAAAAGCAGUCGCGUCGCUAGAAAAGAGUCAGAACGGUUUCGCGACGACGGCGCAAUUACAAAAGCUCGAAGUGGUGACAGAUGAAAUUAAAUCGCUGCAGAGUGAGAUUUCGGCGCUCGCUAAGACGCAAGACGAGUUUGCUAUUCUCAGCGCGAGUCUUAAGGAUGUUGAGAGUAAGAUCGCGGCGUUGGCGGAUGGUAAGAAGAAGACCGGGCUCCUCUCUAAGCUUUCGAAGAAGACAGACACCAAGGUCACCAACAAGCAACUCAAGGCUCUAGAAGACGCCAUCGCGGCUCUGACGAAGAGUCAAGCGGACUUCGCCACGGUUACCCAGCUGAAAGAAAGUGCGCAGGCGCUUUCGCAACAGCAAGCCGGCGCGCUUACGGCGGCUGACUUGAAGGGCAUUCAAAAAGCAGUCGCGUCGCUAGAAAAGAGUCAGAACGGUUUCGCGACGACGGCGCAAUUACAAAAGCUCGAAGUGGUGACAGAUGAAAUUAAAUCGCUGCAGAGUGAGAUUUCGGCGCUCGCUAAGACGCAAGACGAGUUUGCUAUUCUCAGCGCGAGUCUUAAGGAUGUUGAGAGUAAGAUCGCGGCGUUGGCGGAUGGUAAGAAGAAGACCGGGCUCCUCUCUAAGCUUUCGAAGAAGACAGACACCAAGGUCACCAACAAGCAACUCAAGGCUCUAGAAGACGCCAUCGCGGCUCUGACGAAGAGUCAAGCGGACUUCGCCACGGUUACCCAGCUGAAAAAGGUUGCCGCCACGUUGGAUGCGUUGAAAAACGUGCACGACAAUUAUGCGACGACGAAACUUGUGAAGAACUUGGAACUCAAGCUGAACCAGGUGAUCAAAACGAGCGGGGGGCUGUCGACGACGCAGACAAAUUUGGUGGAGUUAGAGCAAAGAGCGAUGGAGCGCGUUGAGAGUUAUAUUAAAACAAUCCCGAAAGAUACCUCGAGAAAGCUCACGAAACACAUCGAGGAGGCUUCGAGUUUGUGGUUUGCGGACAGAACUGGAAGGCAGGACUUCGCGCUCGCUUCAGGUGGCGGGCGCGUCGUCGGUCACUCUCAGCUUUCGCCGUUUGUAGGCCGUGGCGACGGUCCCAUCACGUCGGUGCUUUCGUUCCUUCAAUCCGGAGUGCAUCCGAAGAGCGACGAGUGGUUACUCACGCCGUCUUUGGAGCAACCAGGGGAUUGUAUCGCGUUGCAUUCGUCGACCGGUUAUGUUGAUGUUCGUUUGCGUCAGUCUGUGAAAGUGGACGCGGUCACGCUCGAGCACGCGAAUAGCUUGAACGCGUACGACUUGCACAGCGCGCCACGAGAUGUACAAGUAUACGGUUGGCACGCACGCAAGAAGAGUUGCAAGCAUAGCAAACCGCCCAAGUCGUUGAUUCCUCUCGGCAACUACACGUACAGUAUCAACCGCGGAAGCGUACAAACUUUCGACGUGGUGUCACCGCAGACCGUCGACCAUGUGCGUCUAGUGGUGAAGAACAAUCAAGGGCACCAGAAGUGGACGUGCCUGUACCGGUUCCGAGUACACGGCGUGCCAGAACGAGUCGAAGCGUGAAACGCAAAC